AUGCCAGAUGUUCAUAUCGCACCUGCCGGGCGACAACCCGAUCGCGAGCGUGCCGGACGCGGGCGAGAUCACGCAGGGGCUGCGCCGUGUCGUCGGUCGACCCGGCCGCCGGCGGACGAGAACACGGGCAAUGACUGCAAGACGCUCGGCACCUUCCCCGUCGACAUCAAGACCGACAUCACCGUCGCCAGCGACGUCACCGGCCUGGAGGACGACGUCAGGAUCUUCAUCUUCAAUCGCAACCUUAAGGAGGGCUUCGUCAAGUACAAGGCCGCCCGAUCUGAAUUUCGAGGACUUCAACCAGUGCCUCACCACGCUCGAUGGGAGCCUUGA